AUGGCUGCCAACGGCGACUUCUCUGACGACGAGUCCCAGCCUGGAUCCCCCAUGCUCGAUGCGAACGGUCACGAUGACAUCGAAGAGCAAGAGCCCCUCGACCAGGAGUCCAAGCCUCUGAAGUCUGCGAUGAAGAAGGCGGUUCCUCCUCCCCAGCCCAAGCGGCCAGAGCUGCCCGAGCAGCCGAAUCCGGAGACUCUGGACCUGUCCACGCUGACUCCUUUGACCCCCGAAAUUAUUGCGCGCCAAGCCACAAUCAACAUUGGCACCAUCGGUCACGUCGCUCACGGCAAGUCGACGGUCGUUAAGGCUAUCUCCGAGGUCCAGACUGUCCGUUUCAAGAACGAGCUGGAGCGAAACAUUACGAUCAAGCUGGGUUAUGCCAACGCGAAGAUCUACAAGUGCGACAACCCCGAGUGCCCUAGGCCGACAUGCUUCAAGAGCUUCAAGAGUGAGAAGGAAGUCGACCCGCCUUGUGAGAGGGAUGGCUGCAGUGGCCGCUACAGACUGUUGAGACAUGUGUCUUUCGUCGACUGCCCCGGUCACGAUAUUCUGAUGAGUACUAUGUUGUCUGGUGCCGCCGUCAUGGACGCUGCCCUUCUCCUUAUUGCCGGAAACGAAACUUGCCCUCAACCUCAGACUUCGGAGCACUUGGCCGCCAUCGAAAUUAUGAAGCUCAGCCACAUUAUCAUUCUGCAGAACAAGGUGGACUUGAUGAGAGAGGAUGGUGCCCUGCAACAUUACCAGUCGAUUCUGAAGUUCAUCCGUGGUACCGUCGCCGAUGGCUCUCCGAUCAUUCCCAUCUCUGCACAGCUUAAGUACAACAUUGAUGCUGUCAACGAAUACCUGGUUUCGCACAUCCCGGUCCCGGUCCGCGAUUUCACCGCUUCCCCUCACAUGAUCGUCAUUCGUUCCUUCGAUGUGAACAAGCCCGGUGCCGAGAUUGAGGAGCUGAAGGGUGGUGUUGCCGGUGGUUCCAUCUUGACUGGUGUUUUGAAGCAGAACGACGAGAUUGAGAUUCGCCCCGGUUUGGUCACCAAGGACGAGAAUGGCAAGAUUCAGUGCCGUCCCAUCUUCUCUCGGGUCAUGUCCCUCUUUGCCGAGCACAACGACCUUAAGUUUGCCGUCCCUGGUGGUUUGAUUGGUGUCGGUACUCGCGUGGAUCCUACUCUGUGCCGUGCUGAUCGUCUCGUUGGUUUCGUCCUUGGUCACCGUGGACGCCUUCCCGCUAUCUACACCGAGCUGGAAGUUAACUACUUCUUGCUUCGUCGUCUGCUCGGUGUCAAGACCGCCGAUGGCAAGCAGGCCAAGGUUGCCAAACUUACUAAGAACGAAGUUCUCAUGGUUAACAUUGGUUCUACGGCUACCGGUGCUAAGGUCGUUGGUGUUAAGGCUGAUGCCGCCAAGCUCAGCUUGACCAGCCCUGCUUGUACCGAGGUUGGAGAGAAGAUUGCCAUCAGUCGGAGAAUUGAGAAGCACUGGCGUCUGAUCGGUUGGGCCAACAUUGUCGCUGGUAACACCCUUGAGCCCAUCCUGAACUAA